UUCCCUGCAAUCUCCAGUUCAACAAUCUUCAGGAAGAUUUUGGACAUCGCUCAUGGAGAAAGACGCCUCUAUGGGAUCAGAUCCGACGAGUGUCACGACGCUGAACUCACCGCCGCCUCCACUGUCUCCGCAAUCCGAUAAAAGCAGUCACAAACAUCAGGAAGAGUUCGCCGCCAACUUCGCAUCGCUUUACCAGUCCAUUUUCUCGCCGGAAUCGCAGUUCCCGAGCUCUCUGUCCUUGUCUCCUUCUCCUCCGUCUUCCUCCUCUCCCGCGGCUCCUGCUGAUGCCACCACUGAGUACCGCCUCCACCAGGCGCGGCUAAUUCUCGAGUACAAUGAACUAAACAAGAACUACGACCUCUGCCUCGUCCGCCUCCAGUCCCUCACGACGGAGCUCGAGUCUCUUCGCCAGGAAAACGCCGCUCUCUGCCUGGAAAACACCGAACUCCUCCGGCUAAUCCACCUUUCCAACACCACAACCACCACUUCCUCCUCCUCCACCGCCGCCGCCCCCGUUUCUCAACCACACGUCCCCAACCUUCCCAACCGCCAACAGAUCUCAGAUUUCGGUCGCCAAGGAGGAAGUCUCGAGCACAGCCGCCCUGCAAGGAGGAACAAUGUGGAGAGAACCGUAUUGCCGAAGAGCAUCUCCGUCCGAUCGAGCGGUUACCUCAGAAUGAACCAGAGAAGCCAUGGGUAUGGGGGUGCGGGUCGACAGGCGAAUCUGCACAGGUUCACGAGUCAACUCGGCUCCGACUCGAUUCCUCAGAAAGUCUGUGUGCCAACGAGUGGUAAAGGAGAGAAAGAGGCGGUGGAAUUGGAGGUCUACCGUCAAGGGAUGUUGAAGACGGAGCUCUGCAACAAAUGGCAAGAGACCGGCGCGUGCCCUUACGGCGAUAACUGCCAAUUCGCUCACGGCAUCGACGAGCUUCGUCCCGUGAUUCGCCACCCUCGCUACAAGACCGAGGUCUGCCGCAUGAUCGUCACCGGAUCUACGUGUCCUUACGGCCACCGAUGCCAUUUCCGUCACUCCCUCACCGAGCAAGAGAGGCUGCUUCUCCCUCGCUGAUCGAAGGCCAGAAAAGAAUGGGUGCGAGACUUUGCAAGACAGUGCAUCCUUUGCCGGACAAUGCAUCCAGAUGCGAGACUUUGCAAGACAGUGCAUCCUUUUCCGGACAAUGCAUCCAGAUGCGAGACUUUGAUAUGUUAUCCAGGCAUUUGCACUCUGUUAUAUAUCCCAUGGAAAGGAUUCAACCACACACAGGAUGAUUUGGCCGAUGCAUUCAAAUGUGACGUUGGAUCAAUAAGAAUAAACCUUUUCAUGCUCGUCAAUUCUUGACGAGUAAAUGAAAAGGAUAAGGUAGAGGUUGAAAAGAGCAUUCGAAUGAACAAUAACUAUCAUUUAAGAAAUGAACUAAUAAGCAUUCAUACUUGAGUAAAUUCGCUAUCUAGAUAUGUAUUACAUAACUCGGGGAAGAGUUUUGCUUUAAAAGGGGGCUGAGCUAAUGUUUUGCCUUUGCCUCCGAUUAAAAUGGUCCUUGUACGAUGAGAUAUGAGAAAUUAUUAGAUAAUAUAUAACUAUAAAUUGAAAUGUAUGGUAAACACGCACCAGAAAUUUAUGAGGAUUUUGCUACUCUAAUUCAGAAUCCAAAGAAUUAUUACAUUUCCUUGGAUUCUCUCGGUUUGUAACUCUGUUCUUCCUGAGUCCCAUGUUUUCUUACCAACACUAGAGAUCAUAUCAUCUGUAGAGUUUAGACGAUGUGUAUGUGAUUCAGGUGCACUAGAGAUCAUAGCUAUUUCUUUUUGUUGUCUUGUUGGCCAACUGAAGCGCGUGAAAUUGAAGCGCGUGAAUUUCACGCGCUCGUGACUGUUUCUUCCACGUGGAGGACUCACGAGCAUCACGAGCUAUAGCUUUCGCAUAUAUCACAUUUGUCGCAUUCCUUUUUUUUUGUGGAUUCCCUUUCCUAAUCUAGAUAGUGAAUUUACUCUGGUUUUAAUGAUCAUUAGUUCAUAUUUUAGGCGACAAUUAUUGCUCUCUUGUCGAAUCUCUCUGUAUAUAUAGACCUACUCGUCUCUGUA